AUGUCACUAAAGUUGUCUGUCAAUACGAGCCCACUAGCUGGGAAGGAUGGUAAAUUCCUCACUAUUGAGGCUAUGUGGAAGCGGCUAGUUCGAGAGACUACUAAUAAUGUGGCGAUCAAGGCUGAGAGGACUCCGGAGAAGGAUGGUCUGAUUGUGAAAGGACGAGGGGAACUCCAGUUGUCGAUACUGGCUGAGCAGAUGCGACGAGAGGGUUUCGAAAUGACUGUGAGUCAGCCAACAGUAGUCACUAGAGUAGUGGAUGGAGAGAAGCAAGAACCCUACGAGGAGGUUGUAAUACUGGCCGAGAACGAGCUCGCUAGCAUCUUCGCUGACAAGCUAUCAUCGAGAGGAGGAGAGCUCUCUGAGUUGCUGCCACAGAAGGGUAACGAAUCUCUCCUCAAGGCUGUGAUCAGCUCUAGGAAUCUCAUG